AUCUCCCGAGUCCCGCUGGCUGGGAGGAGAUGCAGGAACUCAUUGCUGGGGUGGAGAAGCUCGUGUUUGAUUUAGAGCGGGAUGUGGAGCACCAGCGAGGGGCCCUGCUCCUGCCCUUCCCAGGCAUGGACAAGUCAGGGGCAUCCGUGUGUGAGUUCUUCCUCCGAGGACUGUGUGCAAAGGGCCUGAUGUGUCCUUUCCGGCACAUCAGCGGGGAGAAGACGGUGGUGUGUAAGCACUGGCUGCGGGGGCUGUGCAAGAGGGGAGACCUGUGCGAGUUCUUGCACGAGUACGACAUGGCCAAGAUGCCGGAGUGUUAUUUCUACUCCAAGUUCGGUGAGUGCAGCAAUAGAGAGUGCCCCUUCCUGCACAUUGAUCCCGCAUCCAGAAUUAAAGACUGUCCCUGGUACGACAGAGGGUUCUGCAAACAGGGUCCUCUGUGUAAAUACAAACACACCAGAAGGGUGAUGUGUGUCAACUACUUAGCUGGCUUCUGCCCCGAAGGACCCAAAUGCAAAUUCAUGCACCCCAAGGCAGACCUGAUGCUGUGUAACUCGGAUCUCUCCCAGGGGCUGCCACCGCCAUCCCUGGCUGUUGAUGGCAAGAGUAUUCACAAGCAGCAGGCCCCGGAAGUCCUGUUGCUUUCUCAUCAGCCUGGGGCUAGGGCUGCCCAGUGCCAGAGGAAGAAGGCACAGGAGGCUGGUGGCUACCCCUAUGGAAUGCUCCGGCCCCUUGGGCAGGUCACAUGCUUCAAGUGUGGUGAAAAGGGUCACUAUGCCAACAAAUGCAGCAAGAGUCGGCUGGGAAUCCAACUGGGGAAAUGAUUUGCGAGAGUUCCAGGAAGAAAAUCCAGAGGAAGAGGCUCUGUUGUGAUACAGUAUCAACGGGAAGCCAAUCAGGGCAGUUGAUUUCUUUGAAUGUAGAGCCCAGUCAGAGCCAUCCUGCUCCAUGCAGUUUUUUUACAGCUCUUUGCUAAGAGAAGAGGAAGGGGGAAAUGCAGUUGCUCUAAUGUAACUGUAAAUUGGAUGUUUAUUUUCUGACCCCAUGCUGCUGGGUUGGCAGGGGGCUCAGAUCUCAGCCUGGUGUGUCAGACACUGAUAAUCAUGGCAAUACUAAAACACGGUUUUUAAAAGGCACAGUAGAACAGUCGGUCUGGAUUCUGGUUAAUAUUCAGGACAGGAGACUGGUAUGUGGAGGGAUAAGAAACUGUUUCAGUAGGAGUGAAGUUGAAAGAGUAGCUAGUGGGUUCUAAACUACAGUUCAUCGCACUUAGCAGGAUGCCUUAUACUCAAGGCAAAAUCAAAGUUAUUCCCUCUCCAUGUACCUGAGAUGGUCUCCCUUGAAAAAUCUCAUGCAACUUUCUGUCAAAGGCUUUUCUAAGAAAUUGAAAAAGAAGCUGACUUUUCCAUAGUUUAGAGUGGCUAGAGUACAGGCUGGGUACCAGAACUGGGUUUCAUCAUGGACUCCGACUUGACGUGUGACCUUGGGCAAAUCACUUAAUUGCUGUGCGCCUCAGUUUCCCCAUCUGUAAAAUGGGGCUAACGCUACAUUUGGGGUGUUAAGGCUUAUUAGCUGCUUUGCAAAUUAAGCCUCCCGUGGAAGACAUAAGUAUUGCUUUUUAAGAGAACACACACUACACAGUCAGUUU